AUGACUCGUACCAUGCUUUUGCGAUUGCUGCCUGAAGGGGAGCCAUUUGAUCAAAAGAAUGCCAAUGACGUUCUCAGUUUGCCCGCAGUGCCUGCUCCCGAAAAGGGUCCUCUAUUUGAUGUUAUCUUUACAGUGGAGGCUGGUGCCCCGGUAUCCUAUAAAGCGACGCUUCACAUCAAUGUACCCAAACCUGGCAAGAAUUUCGAUCGAAACGCCUUCCAAAGCAUUCCAAUUGGAAACUCUCUGAUAGUGACGGACGUCCGUGUGCCGGUGUCAGUAUACGCCCCCGGUGCUUAUUGCUGGUACAUUACUUAUAACGGUGAUAAGGAAACCAAGCGUUAUUACUUCAAUGUGCCUCCUUCGCUCUUUAUUGAUGGAAAGUACCUUCCUUUCAAUGAUAUCAACAUUCAAACAGUUGUGCUGAAGUGGAUUGGUGGGAAGAAAACGGAGAGAUGGCCUGAAAUUUUCAACUACGUUUCCAAAGCUAAGGGCUAUAAUAUGAUUCAUUUCACGCCUUUACAAUACCGUGGCGAACUGGACCUGCCGUAUCUGAUUUAUGACCAACUUGAAUUUGACCCGAAUAUCUUUGAUUCAAAUGAGCAAGCAAUCAACUUCAUCCGACAAACGAUGAAAAGUAAUCAUUUGUUGUCACUUACUGAUGUUGUAUUGAAUCAUACUGCUAACAAUUCGAGCUGGCUCGUCGAGCAUCCUGAAUCUGGAUACAAUCAAGUGACUGCGCCUCAUUUACGAGCUGCCAUUGCUCUUGAGGAGGCUUUGAUGAACUUUGACAUCGAAUCGCUGGGACUCCCUCUUGAGUUGAACUCCUACGAAGACGUAUCGAACUUGAUUGAUGGUUUGAAUGAGCAAGUUAUAGUGCCUUUGAAGUUGUGGGAGUUUUACGUAUUUGACGUCGACGCUACCGAAAAAGCUGUUGCUGCAGCAUCUGAAAUACCACCCUCUGGCGUCCCUUCCGAUAUUAAAGGACAACCUGAAGCUUUGGCUAAGUUCGUAUUGGAAAAUGCAACCCUGAGUGGCAAGAUGAUUAUGGCUGGCCGGUUCGCUAAUAAGUUUGACGCCGGAAAACUUAGAGGAAUCAUCACAUCCAUCUAUGGCCCUCUCAAUGAUAAUGAACUUAAGGAGGCUACGAAAGAGGUGGUUAACAUUGUCAACGUUGAGCCUUACAAGAUGUUUGACUCUGAUCACGCCGAGAUUUUGAAGCAACUCAAAGACCGUACUCGAUAUCUCCGGGUGGACGGAAACGGGCCAAAGUUGGGUUCUAUCAGCAACAAGCUGAAGGUGAUCGAACCUUAUUUCACUGUGGUGAAAGCAAAUGACGGCAAAUCGUACUACUUGGCCAAUAAUGGGUGGAUUUGGGGAGGAAACCCCCUUGUUGAUUUUGCGCUGGACCAACUGCGUGCUUAUUUGCGUCGUGAAGUCAUCGUAUGGGGUGAUUGUGUCAAAUUACGCUAUGGCACUGGCCCCGAAGACUCGCCCUAUUUAUGGAAGCGCAUGACGAAGUACGUUCAAAUACUGGCUCGAGUAUUCGACGGGUUCCGAAUUGAUAACUGCCACCUGACUCCUCUUCACGUCGGCGAAGCACUUUUGGAUGCGGCAAGAGCUGUGAACCCAAAUCUUUAUGUCGUUGCUGAAUUGUUCUCUGGUUCAGAAGCAAUGGACAAAAUUUUUGUGGAGCGUUUGGCAAUCAACACUCUUAUCCGUGAAGCGAUGCAAGCACAUCUGGCACAAGAAUUAUCUCGGCUUGUUCACAAGCAUGGCGGUAAGCCAAUCGGGUCCUUAGCCUGGUUGCCGUUGGAUGAUUUCGUGUAUCCCGCAAAUAAGGAACCUUCCCCACUAAUGAUUGAGUCAUAUUCCAGAGUGGGUGUGAUUCCGCCUAUCGUGUCACUGCCUCCACACGCUUUGUUUAUGGACUGUACGCAUGAUAAUGAGACUCCCACGCAACGGCGCACUCCUGAGGAUACCUUACUGAACGCGGCUCUUGUAGCCUUUUGUUCACUGGCUAUCGGCUCCGUACUUGGUUAUGAUGAGGUUUACCCACACCUUUUGGAUGUUGUCGGUGAACACCGUGAAUACGCCCUGCUUGGUAAUGGGAUUGCGGUGGUGAAACAACAGCUCCACGCGAUUCGCCAUCAACUUGUUGAAGAACUGGAGGAUAUUAGUCGUGAUCAUGAGAUGUACAUUCACCAUGAAGGUCAAUACAUCACCAUUCAACGCCAUAACGCUCUUACUGGCAAGGGGUGGUUUCUCAUCGCUAGAACAAAGUUCGAGCAAAAUCCCCCUCCACAAACGUUACUGGUAUGCAAGUUGGCAGGAACUACAGCUACUUGUAAAUUCGCUUACGUGUUGGAGUGUCAUCCACCGGCUCCGAAGAGUGACACCGAAAUCUUCGGUAUACCGUCAAAGGUUCGGGAUAUCAUUGAGCCUCAAGUCAAUCAAACCGACGAAGGCGCCGAGAUUCUUACUUCGAAUGAUAACUUUCCGCCUGGUGCCAUUGCAGUUUUCAGCACGGAAAUUUCCGGGGUCUCCAAAGAAUUGGAUGAGUACAUUCGAAAAGAUGCCUUGGAAGCCUCCAAAGAUUUGCUGCUUUUCGACUUGAAUAAUGUGUUGUUCAAAUGCGAAAACGAAGAACGGGAGGCUCUGAAAGGUAGUGAUGGGGUGUACGUUAUACCUGGAGUUGGUCCCCUUGUUUAUGCUGGACUCGAAGGAUGGAAUUUGGCUAUGCGUCAAGUUGUGUGGAACAAUGAUCUCGGGCUGCCUCUUUGUGAUCAUCUUCGUGCUGGAACUUGGGCUUGUGAUUUUAUUGUUGGAAGACUUAACAAGUUCAACUCCUCGCCUGGAGUUGCAAAGCUCCAACAAUGGUUACACGAUAGAAUGGAAAAGAUCAAGACAGUCCCGUUUUCCUUGCGUCCUCGCUACUUCUGUUUAGUUGUGGGAAUUGCCUAUGAACUGGCCCGAUUCAGAGCCUUACGUUUGAUGUCGCUGACGUGCGUGGCAGAAGCAACCAAUUUUGUCCAACGGUUAGCAAUGACAUCAGUGCAAAUGAUGGGUGCGCUUCCGGAAACCUCUCUUGUUGUCAAGGAAAAUGUACCCUGUAUGGCUGCUGGUUUACCCCAUUUCGCCUCGGGCUUCAUGAGAUGCUGGGGCCGUGAUGUCUUCAUCGCAUUCCCGGGUUUAUUGUUAGUUACUGGCCGUUUCAAGGAUGCUCAUGACCAUAUUAUCGGAUUUGGCGAGACCCUCAAACAUGGUCUUAUCCCCAAUUUACUUGAUGGUGGACGGAACCCAAGAUACAACGCUCGCGAUGCCACUUGGUUUUACUUACAAGCGAUUCAAGAGUAUGUUAAAUUUGUUCCUGAAGGGUUAAAGAUUUUGGGUCAAUCGGUGAAGCGCAGAUUUCCUAAGGAUGAUACCUGGAUUCCCUACGAUGACCCUAAAGCAUUUGCUUACUCACUGACUUUGGUAGAGAUUAUCUACGAGAUCUUGAGUCGCCAUGCUGCCGGCAUUAGUUACCGCGAACAUAACGCGGGGCCGCAGAUUGAUCUGCAAAUGAAGGAUAAUGGAUUUAAUGUUUCAAUUUCUGUGGACUGGUCGAAUGGUCUCAUUUUCGGAGGCAACCAAGAUAAUUGCGGAACUUGGAUGGACAAGAUGGGUGAGCUGGAGCGUGCCGGCUCGAAGGGUGUUCCAGGGACUCCUCGUGACGGUGCAGCUGUAGAAAUCAACGGGUUGCUUAAACUGACUUUAAGGUUCGUGAAUGAAUUGCGCAAAAAGGGUUUGUUCAAAUGGGAUUCUGUCACAACUCAAGAUGGAAAAAAGGUAACUUUUGAAGAUUGGGAAAGUUUGGUUCAAGAAAAUUUCGAAAAAUGCUUCUACAUCCCUGAGAAUGCCGAGGAUGACAAAGAUUAUGUAAUCGACCCAAAGCUUGUCAACCGUCGUGGCAUUUACAAGGAUUUGUACCGCUCGGGUAAACCUUUCGAAGAUUACCAGUUGCGUCCUAAUGUUGCUAUGGCCAUGUGUGCCGCUCCCGAAUUGUUUUCUGAGGAUCACGGUCGUCUGCACCUCGAAAAGGCGGACGAGAUUCUCCGAGACCAUGUCGGCAUGGCAACUUUAGAUCCGCUGGACUGGAAUUACGAGCCUUACUACAAUAACCUGGAGGAUUCCGACAACUUCCGUACCGCAAAGGGUCGCCUGUACCAUCAAGGACCUCCAUGGUGCUUCCCUCUUGGUUUCCAUUUACAAGCCUAUUGUCGGUUUGUGCUGAAGGAUCCUGUUCAGCUCAACCAAAGGUUGAAAUGGCUGCGUGAGUGGAUCAAAACCUCACCUUGGGCGGGUAUUACCGAGCUUACCAAUGCAGGUGGGGAGCUCAACAAAGAUUCGCUGCCGUCACAGGCAUGGUCAACGGCCACAUUACUCCACUUGGUUCAUCUUCUUGACCAAGAUAAGGGUAACUUGUGA